UCCCUUCUCAACCUAAGGCAAAAGCUGGGUCGAAAUUAAGACGAGAAAAAGCUCACAGAAGAAGGGUUCAAAGAUAACUGCGGGAGAAAAACAACGACAAAUUGUGUCGCCUAUAUUGCCAUGUCUAAUUUGAAGCUACUAUGAAGGUAAUGAACUUUCCCGUGGCUAGUGGAGAUCAAUAGUGACCCUCGAACUUCCUGGAAUUAGUGCUGUGAGCUUCAUCCUAUUCUUUCUGUAGAAUCCAGGGAUUAUAGUCAAAACCAACGAAUGAGUUAGGCCAAUCUGUGUGUUGUGCAAACAUCUAGUAUAAUGGAGCAAUCACUUAAGCACGUAUCGAGGAAGUUCUCGAUUGAGGAGCGGUUUCAGUGGCGUUCCGAAGAGGAGCGACACCUGAUCGACAAAGCCCUCGAACGAGCUAUGGAAGAGGACAUUGAGAUUUGUUCGUCCGAUGGACAGCUAGUAAGGUCUCACCGAUGCAUACUAGCUGCCGCUAGCCCAUUCUUCCAUUCCAUGUUUAAAUCUGGCAUGCGGGAAUGCCGCGGCCAGGUCGAUCUGCAUUUUUCAAGUGAGCUCCUGGCAUCUCUGAUGAGGUUCUUGUAUGAGGGUCGAUUUGAGGUAAGCGAUUCGACGUUCGAGCAGACGUUCCUGAUGUAUCAUCUUUUCGAGCUAAGAGCAGCACUGGCCUUUAUAGGAGACCUGAUGUCUGACACCGUGGAAUGCGAUAAUGCGCUUGAGUUGUAUGACACGGCAAUAAAUUUUGGUAUACCACAGUUGCGCACGUCGGUAGUCGAGUUCCUACUUUCGGUGCCUAUUUUUGAGGUGCCAUUUGAUAAGUUCCCUUUCGACCUGCUUGCUGUCUUGCUGGACAGGGACGAAUUGCGAGUCGAGCACGAGGGACAGGUCGUCGAACUUAUUUUUGCCUGGGUCAACGCCGAUGCUGAUUUGCGGAAAAUUCACCAGGACGCCUUACUUCAUCAUGUGCGACUACCCCAUCUUCGUCUCAGCGAAGUAGACUCAUUUCGUAACCAGCUGGCCCAUUUAGAUCUUUUUAAUCUGCUUACAGAGAGCAACGACUGGCUCGCUGAUGUCGGUAAAAAAAUGCUUUCGAAGAGAGUUCACAGUGAAGUCCAUUUGCACGGGUUCUGGGCUGAGGAUAGCUUGUGCAAGCAACCGAAAAUUGAAAUCGAAUCAUGCAACCAGGACUAUUUGAGUACGACGAGCCUCGAUGGACUAAUCAUCCGUGAAGACUGGACUAAGCGGCCCAGCUAUGUUUUGGGACCCGAGCUGCACAUUACUCUCCACGAUUCUCUGAGACGUGUGGCAGAUAUGAAAAGUGAACUAGACAGCCCCGACUACGAUAUUGUCUUCCUUAAGGUUCCUAUAGCUCAGAAUGGAGUAACCAGUCGCCGUAGUGAGUGCAAACGACGCGCUUUCAUCUUCGACUUCUACAGGGCGAGAGUGUGCUGCGUUACCGAGCAUGAUGGUGAGGCAAUAUUCAUUGUUGGCUCGCAUGUAGGCGUUGAGGACGAGCCUGACCUAUUCCUUAUGCGAAUCUGCCGAUAUAAUCCACGCAUAGAACCCCGCUAUGGCGACGGCCUGCAGGAGCUAACUUGUGACAUUGAGUUGACAAAAGACUAUGUGCCGGUUUGUUGCCUCGUUACCGAGAAUAAAAAAUUGGUCGUGGUUUCGCUUCAUGACAUAAAGAUCUACAGUCUUCAGGGGGACUCGCAAGAAACCUCACAUGAGUUCUCGAUUUCGCUCGAAUUUGAGAUUGGUGUCACGGCAUGGAUAAAGCAAGACACACUCUACGUGUAUCUCGUCGACAGAAUGAAAGACGUAUUCGAUAGCACUGACGGCGAAGAAGAGCCGCCCAAAAUGCAUUUCAUAUCCGGUUAUAGUAUCAGUAAUAAUUUUGAUAAGAUCUUCCAACAUAGGUUGGACUUCCAAGAACGAAAGAUUGGUUAUCCAAAGGACAUCCGAUCAAUAAUUAUCCGUGACACAAUCUACAUCAUGUACAAACCAAUUCCCCAGUACAGGAGUCCCCUUGCUGAAGGCUUUUACAUAUACCGUUACGAUGAGGACUUGCAGACGAUGACUAGCGUCGACCGAUUCGAGGUGCUUAGGAAAGCGAAGUGUGACCGCUUUCCUACAAAUGGCGCCAUCUACGAACGCGACCUGGUCACGUUAUUGCCUACCGAUAUGAUGCGUUGUGAGCAUACCACGCUACUUGAGGAAUUUUGUCACCGAUGUUCCUUGGACGAGGCGUUAGAGUAUGAUCCUGUAAGGUUGGCCUUACUAAGAAAAUAUUUGGUGUGACUGACGCAAUCCAGACUUUCAAAGCCUACUGGCACAUAUUUCCACAUAUACACUUAUGUAAGUACAAAGUAUAAAAGGAUUAAUUGCACGACUAUUUUAUAAGCCGUUGGCUCAUCAAGUAUAUCCAAUGGUCUACACUUUACAAUGUAGACAUUCUGUAAGGGCUUUUAAAUGGCUGAAGAAAGGCCGACAGUGCUUGGAACUCAUUUACUUUCUGAUAUAAACCAACAGAAAAAACACCGGUGCGAUUAAUUCAAAUACGUCCUGUUUGACUAAGGUCAACAGGGUAGAGAAGACGAUGUUAAAUGAUGACAUUGUGGCUAAGAUCGAGGUGGCAAGGAUGGGAUUUUGUUUCGUCUUCGACCAGUCCAAAUUGAUAACUCUAGGGCUAUGAUAGGGAUUAUGUAUAUGCGCACGUGCACGAUACUUAUAAUCAAGCGAUACAUUCUCAAGCCUGUGCGUACAAAUGUAGCAAAUAUUUGGAGGUCCCAAAUGGACAGGUAUAUAUAUAUAUAUAUAUAUAUAUAUACAUACAUGUAAAAAUAACUUACAGUAGUAUUAGUAGCAAUAAAGGGUACAGGCUGUAAUACUUGCCCCAAUGAUCAGCGUGUUCCUACUGAUGAAAAUAAUUUGCGGUUUUUGGAAUAUGUAAUAAUAAGGCGUUUCUAGCUAGUGAUAACUUUAUAAUAACUGUUAUCCGUGCCUAUUCUAAGUAGGCAUCCGAAACUAGACGUUUUGUUGAAUCGUUCCCAGUUACAAAAUUUAACCUAAAAGUAGGAGCAGCAGCGUGACACGAAUUGCAUACGCCUACUACGUGCCUGUCGCGCAGUUGUCGUGACAUCUUGACGAACAAUUUCACUGAACUUGAAUUGGGCCCAUCAAAGAAACGUUAGGAUAGUUAACAGAAACUAAAUAAGAGCGAAGUUGGCGUAAAAAAAAUCAAUCCUUUAAUCGGUAAUCGGCUGCCUCUUUUUCACCUCGACCUUUUUGCGAUAGACAGACGUUAACGGAGUGUGUGCCAAUGUUCAAUCGACAUAUUUCUUGUGAGUGUGAUAAUAUUCGACUUUUAGAAAUAAAAUUGUUACGGAAAAGCGUUUCGUAUGAGGCAGAAUGCAGUU